AUGCAAAGUUAUAAGAUUCAUGAUGAAAAUGAAGAUAUCUUAGCAUUCGAAAAGAUGUUUAACAAGACCAAAACAAUUCUAGGUACCGAUGGUAAUCAAGAUGGUGAUAGUGAAUUACCGAAAAUUGGGCCAUUAUUAGUAGAUUUGAUUAAAUCUAUUGAAAAGAAAGAACCUCCUUUGGUUGAAGAAAUCCUUCUCAAACUAGAAAGCAUUUUUACUCGAAAUGGAGCAGUAUACGAUGAUAUUUUUCUAAUUUUUAGAAUUCCAGCACAUUUAAUGGAAUGUCUUCAAACAGAUGCACCACAAAAUGUUUUGUUUGCAGCAAUUAAAUUCCUUAUUGCAGUUUUUAAUACGAAAAAUCAAGAAUAUAUAAAUCAAUUAUUUGAAGAGAAACUUCCAGAACAUUUAACUCCUCUACUAGGUGUUAUUAACGUUGAUAUAAUAGACAGCUACCUUACUUUGCUCGCAAAAAUGAUUUUAGCCCGAAAAAACAAUAUUGACUUUAUUUUAGAAAUUAUUACAGAAGAUAUAUUCAAAGAGCACAUUAAUGACUCACCAGAAAUCCAAACAUUACUAUGCUCAAUCUUGUAUGCAUUCACAUAUACUUCUCAGAAAAAAGAACUUCGAGAUACAAUCAUUAUUACAAUUUCCGAGAUUUGUUAUAAUGUAAAUGAAGAAGCUGUAUAUCAGCUCAUCGGAGCUCUCAUCAGAACAGGAACAGUUAGUUAUUCUGAGACAUGGCUCUCAAUGAUUAUCGAUUUGAACCUUGUUGAAUUCGGAAUGCAGUUCAUUGAGAAUGAAAAUAAUGAUAAGGUUGAAAUGUCUAUUAAUUUUCUCUCAACUUUAUGCAUUCACGAAUACGAAUUAAGUAAUGCUGAAUUAUCCAAGCUUGAAUACCUUCUUAAAAUCGAUGAUGAAGAUAAAAAUUCAUUGGCAUUAUGUGCGCUUUAUGAUCAAGCAUAUAUCUCAGAUACAUACGCUGUGAAAUUUGCAUCCGACAAAAACUUGGUUGAUUUUAGCAUAAACAUCCUUGAACAAGGUCAGUAUAGAGAGAAAUUCAAUGCUGCAAAAUUUUUAUGCGCAUUAAUGAAAAAUUGUGGUCCAGAGUUCAUUUAUUCGAUCAGUGAUAGAGAAUGGAUCUCAGAACUAGUCGAACUGUUCAUAUCUGGAAAGGACAAAGAUUAUUGUAUAACUUUUGCAGAAAGUUUUUACGCUGCACUAAGAAGAGUGAAAGGAUCUGAUCUGUUUCAGCGUUACCUCCAAGAAUUUGAUGAAGCUGGAGGAAUUGAAGCAUUUAAUGAUUGCCAAUUCGAAGAUGGCGAAUUACCAAAUUAUACCGAAUCAUUCCUUGCUGAGUUUAUAGAUGAUGAAAGAGAGGAAUCUGGAGAUUGA